ACUGUGCGCUCUGUUUGCUCCAGAAAUAGUUCCUUACUUGAAGUGGCCGUGAUUUACAGAGACCGAGUCACCCAUGAUCGGAUUUUCUGUUCAGAAUUGUCUUCAUUUUGCUGCUCAGGCAUGGCGCUACCUGGUAGAAAUAGUUUUACGUGAUGUUUAGGUGGACCUACACACUUUUACGCACUAAAACCACGCGGGGAUUUCGUUAAGAGAGUGUUAAGGGUUUAGUGUUUGGCUGUUCACUUUCCCUUUGAUUUUCCUUUACGGUAAACGCCGCCGGUAUGUUUUCACUCUUGUGCGGAUUGUUAUGUGUUUGUGCGCUUGGCAGCGGUCAACUACCGAGCGGCCAGGCGGACGAUGGGAAGCGAUACAUCUGCCGGGCUGUACCCCUCAGCGGCGAUACAAGUUGCCCUGUGACUUUGUUACCAGAGCUGAACGCCGGGAGCCAGGAAGAGGAGCUCAGGAAUACUGUUAUGCAGCUUCGAGAGACAAUUUUACAGCAGAAAGAAACGAUUUCCAAACAAAUAGGCACCAUCAAUGAGCUCACCACCAAGCUGUCCCUCUGCGCCUCAACCACUGACGAUAGGAAGUACGACAAGGGGGGUUCCUGGGGCAAAGAAAAGCAAAAUACAAUGGGGGAUGUUCCCAGAGAUCCAAAUGACACAAUCGACAGUCUUGGAAAAACCAUGCAAGGUCUCAAGGACAGGCUGGAAAACUUGGAGCAACAGCAUCUGCGGGCCAACGUAUCCGGCGCCUCGUUCCCCAGUGAGCUCCGCGACCUGCUGCAGCGCCGGCUCAGGGAGCUGGAGAAGCAGCUCUUGAAGAAAGUCAGCAGCCUGGAGCAGGAGAAGAGCAUGCUGUCCAAUGCCACAGCCGCCUACAGGCUGAAGACGGAGAGCACGCUGAGCGCCCUGGUGGACAGGAUCAGUGAGCUGGAGAAAGGAGGAGGAGACUUCAAGUCCCCGGAGCUGUUUAAGCUGUCCCUUCCCCAGCGGACCAAUUACCUGUACGGCCGCAUCACCAAGAGCCUGCCAGAGAUGUAUGCUUUCACACUCUGCAUGUGGAUCAAGUCCAGCGCCAGUCCUGGCAUCGGCACGCCUUUCUCUUACGGUGUACCGGGGCAAGCGAAUGAGAUUGUGCUGAUCGAAUGGGGCAAUAACCCGAUAGAGCUGCUCAUCAAUGACAAGGUGGCUCAGUUGCCGUUGGAGGUACGUGAUGGAAGGUGGCACCACAUCUGCAUCUCCUGGACCACACGGGACGGCCAAUGGGACGCUUACCAAGAUGGAGGGAAGCUGGGAACUGGCGACAACCUGGCAGCCUGGCACCCCAUCAAACCCGGGGGGGUCAUCAUCCUGGGGCAGGAGCAGGACGUGGUGGGCGGGCGCUUCGAUGCUGGACAGGCCUUCGUGGGUGAGCUGAGUCAAGUGAACAUUUGGGACCGCGUUCUGAAGCCGGCCGAGAUCCAGUCCAUGGCUAACUGCAGUGCUUAUAUCCCCGGAAAUGUGAUCUCCUGGCUAGCUAGCAACGUUGAAGUUUUUGGGAGGGGAGCGUUCAAGCGGCCCCUGGAGAUGUGUCAGGAGCGACUGCCGGAUGCUUAAAACUCAUCUGUCGGCCUCUCUUUAGAUUAGCUGCUGUUUCCAUCCAUUCAGCACUUUUUUUUAAUUGUCUGCUCUUGCUGAGGGGCAGUUUAUGGACUUUACUUUACACAUUGAUGUGUAACAAGUUAGUUUUAUCUGAGAAUUUUGAAAUUUGGGAUCCAGGUGAGAGGUCAUGUUAACCCCAUCAGAGAGCUAUAUGUAUCAACAUUUCUUUCUUUACCAUGACUAAAGUACUUCAAUCCUUUAAUACACCCAUCACCAUGGUAAAAGGUCACCUAAGGCAUCGGUGCUAAACAUACCUCCUCAUCCCCAAACACUCUCCCACGCACCCCUCCCUCCUCACUCAAAAGCUUUGAAGUAAUGAAAAUCCACUCUAGUCCGGCACAGACGCACGCAUGUUCUGCUACUACUACAAAUACACUGAGUCCAGACUAGCUGACAGUUUUCCUUUGACAUGUGAGUUGGUAUUGCGUGCAGUGGCAGUGAGAAAAGAUUAAAGGUCAGGCUAAUGUUAUGUCUAUUCCUUAACUUGGAAUAGGCUUAGAGCCAACUCCAAUCCCACCUCUCAUCUGGAUGCGUUCAGUCCUUUUUUAGGAGGAUAUAACUGGAAAAGUACAGUCUGGCUCUUUAUCUGUACUAGCGGCUAGUUGGAGCAUGUGUGAAAUAGAUACCACAGUGAUACCAGUGAUACUAGUGAGUCUAUCACCGUGCUUUUCUUUCUUUGCCUUUUUCCAUUUCCAAACUUGUUGAAAUGGUGAAUCGUGUUGGAAAUAUAUUCAUAGCUUCAAUGUUGUGAUAUAUCUUCAGUUCGUGAUUUGUAACAUUGUUGCAGUGGAUUGUCUAAACAAGCAUUCAGCAGAAAAUGUAACAGAUCAAAACUCUCUGAAAUGUAUUUUGAAUGUGUAGUGUUUUGCAUUAUUUAGUGUCUUUUUUUAUGUAAUCAUUGUUUUUAGCCCAUGUAUAAGGCA